UCUCUCCUACCUGCAAAUUCACAUUUCCGCAGCGCAAAUUUUGAAAGAAAUUAAGAAAACUACGGUUUUAGGUGUCACUGUACAGAAUUAGUCCGAAAAGAAAGGUGUUUUAUUGCUUGGAAGCAGCUAGAAUGAAACAUUCGAAGGAAACGCGAAAGAAAAAAUCUACAACCCCGAAAGAUGUGAAUAAAAACAGCUCUGCCACCUCAAAACAACUUUCAAGAAGCAGUGGAUCUAAAAGUCAGGAAAAUUUGGAAGGGAAAACAUGUAAAGUGGCAUUUGAUGUGAAUGAAGAUGACAAGGUUGUCUCUGCUGAAGAGAACGGAAAUACCGAGUGUACCAUUGAUAGUGAUGAUCAACUUCCAGCCACACAACCUGUUGAUGACAGAGUUUUGAAAGAUGUGGUGGUUUAUGUAGAGGUUAGAUCCACGAAUGAUAACAGAAGUAAAGCCAUUUGCAGAGAAUUGGUUCAGCUUGGUGCUGUGGUUGCAAAGACAUUCACUGAUGAUGUGACUCAUGUCGUACUUAAAGAAGGCAGCAAACGUACAAUCAACAAGGCCACCAAGAAAGGGAUCCACUUGGUGUCUGUCCUGUGGGUAGACAGUUGUAAACAGAACCAGCAGCAUGUGUCAGAGAGAUUGUAUCCAGCCAUGCUCCCAGAUCAGAAAGGCACACCUCUGUUUAUUGCCAAACUAAAAAAAGCCAAAUCAAUGCAGCCUCGGGACUUUGCGGAUGAUCUGGCAUCAAGUGCUGAGAGGUUUGCAAAAAAGAAAAAGAAGCAAAAGACAGAUUGCUUAAAGUCGACAGAAAGUACUCCUUGUAACUCUCCACACCUGGGAGCCAUUCUUGUGGAGGACACCCAACCAAGAGGAUCCCCUCUACCAACCAGAACAAGUGAUAUUCACACACCAAUAAGAUUGACCAUUCCUGACACACCCCCGAGCAUGAGAGCGAAAAUGAUGGAACUCAACAGGCAGUUCAAGGACAACAAUGAUGGUGAAAGUACGGACGAGAUUCAGUUUGACAAGCCUGAAUUUGAUGAACCCCUCCAAAGAAGACUUUUUAGUUAG